AUGGCUCAAGACAAACGUGCAACACAAUCUGACUCUACGAUUGACGUUAAAUUACUGAAUGGACUAGACACUCGAUUACGUGUUGCUGUUGAUUUUGGUGCUUCCUUCAUCAUUUCAGGGAUUUUAGCUAUCAUAUUUCGAUCUAUGAUUGCUCCGAUAGAAAGGAUUAAAUUGAUUUUACAAACACAGGCGAGUAGUCGGCAAAUAGGAAUUCCGGAACGAUCUGCUUAUUCUGGCAUUUUAAAUGCACUUAUUAGAAUACCAAAGGAACAGGGAUUAUGGUCUCUGUGGCGCGGAAAUGUUCUCAACAUUUGCCGAUAUUUCCCAGCCCAAGCAAUUAAUUUUUCCUUCUACGAUUUAUAUUACGAAAUCUUCCAAAAAAUGAUUCAAUCGAGGACAGUUUACAGUCAUAUCAUUUUGCCAUUUUUGACUGGUGGUGCAGUCGGUGUUACAUCCUGUACUAUCCUUUACCCUCUUAAUUUCUGCAAUACACGAAUAACGGUAGAUGUUGGUGAUAAUAAGAUGAUUAAGAGAGAAUUCUACAGUCUGAACGACUGCUUGAGCAAGGUUUACAAAAGCGAUGGUUACAGAGGCUUUUAUCAAGGAUUAUCUCUUUCGGUUUGCGGACUAUCCUUGUACAGGUUUAAAGUAAUAAUACUUAGCGUGGCAGGGGCAGUACGCGCUGGAUCCAUCUACUUUGGUGCAUAUACAAUUGGUAAAAGUACAUACUUGAACAAUUAUGGGACGGAUCCUCACAGAGUAAACGCACCAUUCUUGGUAUCUUUGGCCCUCGCUCAAUUAGCAUCUAGCAUCGCGACAGUCAUAUCCUAUCCCUUAGAUACUGCGUCUAAACAGAAAAUGCUUUGGAGCGGGCGUGGUCCGAAAAAUUAUGUAUCAAUUCGGCAAGUGAUCAAUAAUAUUAUAGAAAAGGAUGGUCCAGUCGGCUUCUACAGAGGCAUCUCUGCUAAUUUAAUGACGGCUAUUUGUGGGUCUUUUGUAUUGGUUACGUAUGACGUAAUUAAGGGACGUUUCGACCAACUGAUAGAGUCGAAGAAUACUAAAUCUGAGACUUGA